AUUGGCCACUCGUGGGUAAAGGUCGCCGGAACAUCGUUGAGAAAGCAAACACUCGUCUUAAAAAUCAUGAAUAAAGUGGAUAUGUUAAUGAUACAGCGUUCGUAUUUAAGUCGAAAUAAACGACGGACGUGUCACUGUAUUGCUAUCUACCACCGAAAAUUCCCACUUUCAUACCAAACCCAAUAUCGUUGAGCUUAAUUCAGACUGGCGUGAUUGAGGAAGAUCAGUUUUCCUGUUUAAGUGAACAUGUGACAAGAUUUAAAAUGAAUGGGACUGGCACCAUCAGAUAAGCAAGAAAAGGCCAGACGAUAUGCCAAGAUGCUGCACAAACCUACUGAAGAUCGUUCACCAACAGAACUAAGUUUGCUGAUAAGCUGGUGUAGAAUAUGAAUGAUAUGGUGAUGUAGAUGAGGCUUCUCCAAAGACACCGAAAUGGCUGAACGACCCCGAUGAACAUCUUAUACGAUACUUCUGAAGGAAGCAUGGAGGCAAUAAUCAUUAGUUUUUAUAUUUUCUUGUAAUAAUAAUCAUAAUUCAGUGGACGUGGUCGGGUUCGUGAGGAGGCAUGAUCCAGUCUAUAAAUCAAGGGUUCCAGGUGUUUAAGAAAAAAAGACGCGGGCGUCUGUGUAAAGAUUAUUCCAGGAACAACAUAGAAGAUGAAAAUUAAUAUAUAAAUAUGGACUAAGAAAAUAAGAUCAGGAAGUGAUUAUAUGAAUUUCAUCAAAGAUACCUCGAGAUUAAACAAUAAGAGGGUGCCAUUAUUGGUAUCACCUGGUCCUCCUGGUCUCUACAAACGGACGUAAAUAUGUAUUGGACAAUAAUGUAGUAAGAGCUGAUAGCGAGGGACUGUCUACCGUAUUAUUCAUAGGACCUAGCAAGAUACUCGUCAGUGACAAUGCUCACCAGGACACUUCGUUUAGGUGCACUCCGCAUUGGAAGAAUUUUGUCAUGUAAGUCGAGGUUCUGGCCCUCCCUUGCUCUAGUGACUAUCAUGCUUUAUGUGAUUGGAUCAUUGUCAUUCAUGUUGCAGGACAAAUCUCUAUCAAGUCUAGGCUUCGUACAUAAUUCCGAUACAAAGCUCAGGGAACUUCUGGAUUUACCAAGUCUUAAGGACCAACCGCUGUCGGCUUGCAAAGCUAAGAUUAAGGUGAUCGACGAUCAGGCUUUAGGAGAUGGUUGCUUCUUCCGUGACCGUCUAGAGUGCGACGGCAUGCCGACAAUCAAUUCCGCUUUCGUAGACGUGGUCAAUAGGAACGUCGUGUUUAUAGGCACUCACUUCCAGAAUGAUUCGUGGAUCAACGAUACAUUCCUUUGCGAAUUUCCCGAUGGCAAUGUAUCGAUGGUAGAUCCUUUGAUUGUUGAUGAUCGCAGCAUGGGUGCACAGCCGCAGUAUGUCUUCGUCAUGACCUGCCCGGUUCCGGCGUUCUACUUCAUCUCUUUCUUACCACAUGAUCUUCCAGCCAAGCUUCAGGUAAAUCUCAUGAAACUUUCAGCUCCAGUUCAAAGCUAUCGUUACAUACCACUAUGUAAAGCCGGAUGGAAUAAAGUCCAUUAUGUAUCCAUUUGUACGAUGGUCAAUAACGUCGAUGAAUACUUUGAAGAUUGGUUGUUGUAUUACCGUUACAUGGGGAUCGACCAUGUAUAUGUUUAUGACAAUUCUAAAGAUGGAACAUUGGUAGGAGUUCUCGAUCGCUUCAUCAGCCUCGGGUUCGUCACCAUCAUCCCUUGGGCGCAUACUUUCACAUCGACAAAGACGUACCUCGAGGUCCAAAUCGCUCAUGAAAACGACUGCCUUUGGCGACAUCGACACGACACGGACUGGAUCCUUAAAAUCGACGUCGAUGAAUUUAUGCAGCCGAUGUUCGAGGCACCCACCCGACUGGUCGAUUUCCUGCACGGGUUUGAAGAAAAGCUACCGCCAUCGGUAGGCAUCGUCCGCGUUCGGAACUGGUUCUUUUCGCGUCCGUCGUCGAACGUUAGCAAGGCGAUUGUGUCGGGACAUUCCGUCAUCGAGAGAAAUCCUUGGCGGAGUCCCGAACCGACUCGAGAAGGGCGUGGUCGAGAAAAGUGUUUCAUCCGUCCCCAAUGGGUGCAUUACUUCAAGAUACACGCCAUGAAACUCGGUGGUGACAGUGUGACGUUGAAUCCCUAUACUGAAAUACGACUUGCACAUUACAGAAGUGAGAAUCCAAGGCAUCGAAAUUUUCACAUUCACAAGUUCAUCCCGGAUGAUAGCAUGGUGAAAUUAUGGAAGGCAAUAAAUAGAUGGGUCCUUUUCACCAAGGACAGGGUAGUUGUCUACGGGUAUAGGAAACAGAGAUAUAUAACAUGAUCAAAUCGGUAACUUUACUUCUAAGGACAAGCAAACAUGCAAGAAUAUUGCCACCAUGCAGCGUUGACAAAAUUCUGCGUUCUAAUAGAAUAUUGAAUUUUUAUAUUUGAAUAAACAUUUCAAGUAGAACUCAAGUGAUCUAAUCAAUUGCAUAACUUUAUCCAAAUGUUAUUGGGAUUUCGAUAUAUGCGAUAAACAUGCUCAAACUCAGUAUUUUAAUGCUUUGCUCUGCCUUGGGAGUGUCUGGGGUGGGAUGCAAAGAUUUUCUUUUCCCGCUUUUUUUCGUUGAUUGAAACAAACUUUUGAAAUAAUACUUUAACCUUUGUUUUCGGCAGCUUUUCAGACAUUGUGUCGAAUCCUAGCUGCAGAGACUCAACCCUUUACAAAGCAUGUUGUCACGCAUUCAUUCGUAUUUAACACAAUCUGAAAUGUAUUUGAACCUAUAGGCCUAUAACUAUGAAAGCAGGUAUUCACCACAUUCAAAAGAAAUUUUUACAUGACAUAUUUCCAAAAAAUAUAUAUAUAAGCCGGCCACCAUAUAGCAUGACCUUGUGCAAAAGAAGAGAACAUUAUAUUACAGAUCACGCCGUCGCGUCGCGUCGUUAUAAUCUUAUAGAACAUUAGCUGUAAAAUAAGGAUUCUCAUUGACUUAAGUAAUUUAUUAUGAUUUAUUAUGAUUAUGCAAAUUAAUACCUUCUAGUUACAAGGGGUACAACCUGAAAAUAAAAGGAUGGAGAAGGGUAAAAUACCAUUUAGACCAAGGACUUACAAACGAUAUCAUUCAUCGGCACAUUUCCCCUCUUCCAGUCUUACUCGUUUAGAGUGAACAUGUAAUUUUAUGGAUUAUGAACACAUAAUUUAGCUAACACCAGGAGCUAACAUCAAUGCAUGAAUGAGAAAUAGCCUGAAGUCCAAUUUGGGGCGAUAUAUAUUGAGUUGAAUUCCAUUUAUUUUUCUUUGGCCAUAAGUCCAUUAAAUAUUGACAAUCAUUAACAAAAAUAAGUCAAUGACGGAAGUAUAUUAUGUUUCGCAUUAUUUAAUGGUAAAUACCUGUAUUUGGCAACCGUAUAGCAAUGUAGACCGAUCCUAUAGAAUUAAAAUUAAAUCAACCUCAUUGAACCUCGGUCUAUCAUGUCUAGCAGUAUCAGCGAUUCUCGGUGGGUAAUUUUCUGCGAAUGCGAUCAAUCUGUUCGUGAUAAAUCUGGCAAUUGAAUGUUGACUCAAAUACAAUAUUAUCUUAAUUUGUAAUAAUGUUUAAUUCAAUAUAUAUUGUGUAUAAGACCCACAUCAUUUGUACUAGAAAUAGACCUCUCAAAGUUAUGCACAAAAUCGUUUUUGUUAUAUUGCCGUAAUGAGUAUGCCCAUGAACUCAUCAGCCGGUAUACUGCAAGUUCGAGUCAUAGAUACUAGUAGCUGAUUUAUUUAUACAUGCACGGUUCGUUUUCACAUAGACCUACCUCAAUCUCACUAUGUUAAAAGAAAAAUAAAUAAAACGAAAUUUUCUUUGGAAAUUCA